AUGAGUGAGCGUAACCAUAUUAUAAGCAACCUGUGCCUCACCUUGUGUCGACAGUGGAGCUACCCGGGACUUACACGCAAAGACAAUUUAAGGAGGGGGAGGGCAGAGUCCGCUGAGGAGGGCACAGUCCGUGACGGUGACCCAUCAGCGGUCCCGGAAACGAAGAACGAGGGUGCUGAGUCGCUGAGGAGUGGAGCUCCGUGUCAGCGAUCGAUCAAUCGACGAUCUCAGAAGCAGAGAGGAGGCGAUGGACUAUCAGCCAUGAACAGCGAAAACAUCUAUGGAGCGGUCAAUCGGCAGUCGAGUAUGGAGUAGAGUAUGGUUCAGAUCUCAACGCUAAAAAGGAAAACGCACGUUAAUAAAGGCGUCGUGUACGCGUAUUCGAACAUACGCAGAAUCGAUGACACACCCACACAG